AUGUGGAUGGCUGCCACUCCUGAUAUCAGACCUGGGAUCAGUUCGACACCUCGCUGUGCAGUUCUGAGUGGAGAGCUGAUCCAGUUUGUAGGGAUUCUGUUUCACACUCACCGCGGGACGCUCACUCACCGGUGUCUCCAACUGUUUCUUUACAAGUGUCAGCUGGACACCCCUCUGCCCCACACUCUCAAAAUGCCCCCCACUGGAGAGGAGCCCGUCUGCCCCAAGUUCCAGCCCAACAUCUUCGACCCCUCCCGCUGCCACGACUGCCUGCGGCAGCGGCAUCUGCACUCUGGCGGGGAGGCCACGCAGAAGCCUGCCACCCGGCCAGAGAAGGGCGUCCUGCUGACCCCGAUCUCGUCUCAGACCGAGGACAGAGAGGCCAGCAGCAAGGAGGACUGGGACGAGGCGUCGCAGGUGAGCAGUUGCCUGGCGGAUGGCGCCGACGAGGGCAGCCGCUUGUGCAUCCUGAGCCCGGACUGCGAGCUCUACAUCUACGACGACAGCCAGAGCACUGACAGCGGCCGCGACAACAGUGACUUCCAGGAUUACAGCGGCUCAGUCAGCACAGAGGACGACUACCUUCCUGUCCGUCGUGGCUGCAGCAAACUCAGCAUGACUCGACUGGACCCGCCUCCACAUCGUCCGAACCCUUGUGCCUGGAUGGAGGAGGCUCGGAGCAGAGACGACUUCACGAGACGUCCAGGGUUCAAGGAAGACCGAGGCCAUCGGGAAAGUGGUUACUUCUCCUUGGGGAGGGCGGCAGGCGGCCGUUCAGCUCAAGUAAGCGCGGACUCCACUCCCUAUCGUCACCUUGAAAGGGGUCACCCACUUUUCAGGACCACAAACGUGGAGCCAAAAGACACUAUACCAUUCAGGAACCCUAAUCUCGGUGUAGCAUCUGAAAGGCAGAUUCCAGAAGUGGCGAAUGAAGACAUCCCCGUGGAGAUACCGCCACCGGAUCCUUACGAGGUUGCUGUGGAAGUUGAAGCGCAAGUAGGCCCUCGCUCUCCAAGUCCGACUCCUUUUAAAAUAGCCGAGUCGCUGGCCUCAAAUACUCGGAAAGGCAGUUCACGUGUGAGGAGCAACGCUCCCAGUCACACUGCCGUCACGCCAUCCGGACGCUUCGAUUCCCCAAGACAAGGGUCCACGCUUCUAUCUCGCUCCUCAUCUCCCACUCGAAGUACAUCGACGUUCAGGCACAGUGAGUUCCCCUCGUCCCUCACCCGGACAUGCUUUGAGGGUCCAAGAGCUGCUCAGAUGAAAGAGUCAAGGGCCAGAGGAUCCUCACCAGAUCCCACAGGGCGACGUCUUGACUCAGGCACUUUGCCCAGAAACUUCAAAGCUUUCGCUGGUUCGGUAAAAUCCCAAACCAGUGCUGUUUCAGAUUUUAGAAGUGCUUUGAAGAAACCAGAAGGAAGGGAGUCCUUAAAUGUCCGAGGUCGUGACGGCAGCAGCUCCACUCAUAGGCUCAGAACUCAGAACUGCAUGUCACGAGGACAGAACGGUCGAACGUUGUCUCCGACGAGACGGAACGCUGACACCCUGCGUGAGAGUCACACAACCUCCCCGCCAAGAAGAACACACACCUCUCAAUCGCUCCUUCGCAAAUCCGAGUCGGUAACCUCUUUGAAUGGACGAGGUCAUCACGGACGUUGCGGUUCACCGAUCCGGGAAGGCUACGACAUAGAAAAUCAAGCUCUGUUGCGUAACGCUAGAAACAAACUCGGUGAGGAAACUGAUGAACUCGUCGUUUCUCAAAUGGGCCGAGGUGCCGAAACACAGAACCAUUCCAUCCUUCGUAAGACUCAGUCGAGCACCGUGGGUAGCCCCCAAGGUGGGCACUAUCAUUCCCCAUCUUUGGGCAGGAGAAACUUUGAAGCCUCAAGAAAGGCGGACCUUGGCGGCUCUGUGAAAGGCUGGAGUCGGAAUUCCUCUCCAGCACCAAGAAGCUAUGAAGCUCCCACUCAGUCAAUGUUGCGUAAGUCAGAAGGUAGCACCUCGGCCAGGAGUCGGAGCGAGUUCGGUUCCCUGCCCUCACGGAGAGGCUAUAGUUCUCUCGACAGAUCCACAUCAGCGAAGAGAGAAAGCAGCUUCUCACCUGUGAGAAAAAACCCCACCAGCCGCCACACUUCUCCGUCGAGGACAGGUUCCACUGACCCACCAGGCUACUCUGUGCUCAGGAAUGCCACCAACGGGGAACCCAGUCGUUCCUGUAAAGGACGAAACAACUUCAAUGACUCAAAAUCUGAGGAGAACAGGACAAGGUCGUGGCGCCAUUCGACGUCCUCCGUCAGGAGCUCGUCAUUAUCGCGUGCUGCUUCGCCAGCCCGACAGACACACAGCAAUAGAGCAGAUCCUGCUGCGGCUGGAAUGUUGCAAAGUUCCGCCAGGGGUGUCAGAACCGGACUGCAAUCUGGCUCCCAAUCCCUGAACGACAAGCGCUUCUCAAACGCAACACCAAGGCCUUCAUCUCCACCACUGAUCUACAUCGGGAGGUUCACCUCCUCUCAGAGUUCCCUGGAUUCGCUGGAGUCCGGACAGACGUCGGCAGUGUCCAUUGGGCGGACCCGGGAGGAGUACGUUGUUCUCGCAGAUGUGCCAAAAGUGAAACUCAUCCAACAGAGAGGGGAACACCACCCUGGGCGAGCGCAACACCAACCCACCCCUCGGCGACAGGAACUCUUCAAACCUGCCAGCCAUUCCCUCACCAAGCUUCCCUCCCGAGAGUGGGACGAGGCUGCUGACACAGAGAGAGACUGGACCUACGCAGGAAGUGGGUUUCUGUCCCGGGCCCAGUCCACAGCGUCAUUACAGAGGUCUGGCAGUCCCACAGCAGAGGAGGGCAGGAGAGGUCGCGCUCAAACAUCACAGCAGAACAAGUUCCUGUCUGUCUAG